AUGAAAUCUAUUAUUCUGAUUGCCCUUAUUGCUGUGGCUUUCACAGCUAGAGUUUAAGAGAGAAACAUGGCAAAAGUUUAAGCUGAUUUGGCUAAGAGUAAUUAUGGAAAAGCUUUACUUCAUUUGGUAGAGUUACAUGCAAUGGCUGGAGGACCAGUUUAAGAAUUGGUUGAUGCUAUUGAAGAGUUAAUAAAUGAUUUAGAAGAGGAAUUAGAUGAAUUAGAAAUGAAUUUUAGAAUUAGAACAAAUGAACANGAUGUAUUUAUUUAUAGACAACAAUUAUAUAAUAUUUUAUAAUCAAUAAAAUAGUAUCAUAUACACAAUAUUGUAGAUUUCAUUUUUUAUUCCUUUUUUAAUUUAAGUUUCUCUAAGAGAUAUUUUUUUGUUAAACUUUUGUGGCUUUAUAAUAAAAAUUUAAUUUUAUUAUUUAAAAUAUCCUCUCAAUCCCUAUUAAAUUUUAUUAUUAAAACAUGCAUCAGAACAAUUGCUAAGUUUGAUUAUUAUUUUUUGAGCUAAGAAAUGAAAAAUGAGCAAUUGGUAUCCUUUAAAGAGUAUCUUAUAAAAUUAAGUUGA